AAUACUCUCUCUCUCUCUCUCUCUCCUGUUUCUCUCUCUUCCACACAAUACACACAGGUACCAACACACACUGAAUUGAAAGACUUACACGCACUCAUUCAUCACCUAAUGUAGGAAAUCACGACCCUUAAUUCAUCGAUUAUUGGAAGGUUACUUUUUUUUUUUCUCUCUCUUUCGAGAAAGGGUUGGUUUCUGCAAAAUGAGCAAAGAAAAAGUGAGGUCACCUGAGCCUCUUGAUUUCUUCAUUUGGACUGUUGAGGAUGUUGGCCUGUGGUUGGAAGAGAUAAAUCUCGGAAGUUAUCGACAAAUUUUCAAGGAAAAUAGGGUUAAUGGAGAGUAUUUGGAAGGGAUGUCGAUGUUUACGACUGAACAGAUACUUCGGUUCAUAAGGAAGUGCCACAUGAAAUGGGGUGAUUUCAUAACUUUGUGCAAGGAGCUCAGACGAAUAAAAGUGGCUUGCUUGAAAGGGGAGCAAAAGGUACGCAGGCCUUGGUGGGCUUCGUCUUGUCUAUCACUUGUAUUCGUCAAGGCUGAGAAACGCAACAGGCAAUCUCGAGUUGUUUCGUUGAAGCUCGAACCUUGAUCUUGGUUUUCAUGUAUGUAUAUGGGAUGUGUACUUUUCUUAAUUUUUAAUUUCAUGUUCAAGUCUAGAUAUAGGAAAGCUAUACGUAUUUCCUUUUUUUUUUUUUUUUUUUUAUGUCUUAAGUUUUGCUAAGAAAAGUCGGUUCUUCUUCGGAGAACCUUCCCCUUUGUCUCGAGUUCUUCGAGAUCAGGAGAUACUAUUACAGUUUACUUAUGUUUGGGAUUUGUUGAGGGAAAACAUUAUAUAUAAGACAACAUGUUUGGUUCUUGUA